AAAUUUUGUCAUCGGAAAAGGGAAGAAAUUAAUGAAUUUUUGGAAUUACAGGAAAAGGAAAGGGUUGUUAAUAUGGCAAGAGAAAGAAAUAGGGAAGAGAAGAUUCGCCAAGGGCAACAAUUGGUACAAAAAACAUCUUCCUCUUCUGAUACACAAAAUGCAAUUUCUACUGAGAUAAAUCCUAUUAUCAAAAUUACCCAUAAUCAUAAACCACCCGAUUAUAAUUAA